AUGGUACAGCGCCUUACUUAUCGUCGCCGCCUUGGGUAUAACACCCGCUCAAACAGAGUUAAGGUCAUAAAGACACCAGGUGGUCAACUCAGAUAUCUUCACAUUAAGAAGAAGGGAACAAUUCCAAAGUGUGGUGAUUGUGGUCGUGCCCUCCAAGGACUUCCGGCUCUUCGUCCCAGAGAAUAUUCUAGGCUUUCGAAGACCCAAAAAACCGUUCAACGUGCUUACGGAGGAUCUCGCUGCGCUACUUGCGUAAGAAGCAGAAUUCUUCGUGCAUUUCUUAUUGAGGAGCACCAA